AGGUUUCCAGAAUAGAUUCAAAUCAGUAGUGCAUUUAUACUAGAAGAGCAGUGACACUGUAUGUUUUUCUUCCAUGAUCCUCCAGAUCAAACCAGUAGACUAAGGCAUGGAGCAAGGAAAUGAAUCUGUCACCACAGAUUUCAUUCUCCUUGGCUUUUUCUCUGACUCCCAGCAUCCUAAACUCCUCAUCUCCAUUGUACUUCUGAGUCUUGGGGUGGCCAUCACAGGAAAUUCCAUCCUGGCCCUGCUGAUCUGGGGUCAUGCUUGCCUCCACACUCCCAUGUACUUCCUGCUCAGUCAGCUUUCCCUCAUGGACCUAAUGUUAAUCUCCACCACUGUCCCCAAGAUGGCUGCCAACUUCUUUUCUGGACAUAGAUUUAUCUCUCAAAUUGGCUGUGGAGCCCAAAUCUUUCUAUAUUUAAUGCUAGGAGUGGCUGAAUGUGUUCUUCUGACUCUCAUGGCCUUUGACCGCUAUUUGGCCAUCUGUAGCCCCCUCAGAUAUCCGGUCAUCAUGACACCCCGAGUCUGUAUGCAAAUGGCCACUGGCUCAUGGGCUGGGGGUGUGCUCAUCUCCUUAAUGCACACUAUUUAUGCAAUGCACUUCUCUACUUGUGGCUCCAGAAAAAUUCACCAUUUCUUCUGUGAGGUAAUGGCCUUUCUGAAGCUCUCCUGUGAGGACACUUCAACCUAUGAGAAAGUGGUGUUAGUGUCCAGCAUUACUUUCCUUCUUAUCCCUUUUGGACUCAUCGUGACUUCCUACAUCCUCAUCUAUUUCGCUGUUCUCCACAUGAACUCCCCUGAGGGCAAAAAUAAAGCUCUAGCUACCUGCUCCUCCCACCUUGGUGUGGUAAGUCUCUACUUUGGUCCAGCCAUGAUUAUCUACACAACUCCACGUUCCUCUCUCCCCUCAGAAGUGGACCAGCAUCUCUUUGUGUUUGAUGUAAUCAUUACCCCCAUGCUUAACCCCCUCAUCUACAGCCUGAGGAACAAGGAGGUGUUGGGGGCUCUGAGGAAGGUUCUGUGGAGAAAGCUGAUGUUUAAACAGAAAAGAUGAUGUCACUUGUUUCUUUAAACACCCAGAUUCUUUA